UGGCAGGAGUGACCACAUUGGCUCGGCCUCACAGACUUAGAAUGCUUGCUUGUGUUCACAGUGCAGCCGAAUGAAAUGCCUUAGAAAAAGGAGUCACUUUGUCAAAAAUUCUAUACUUUUCUUCCCAGAUUGCCUCAUUGCUGAAGGAUUCCUUUGCUGAAGACCACAUCAAAGAGACCGAGCAUCAUGACGCAGAGGGCAGGGAAGGCCCAACCAUACACUGAAGCCCUGGAUGGAGGUUGGGGAUGGAUGAUUGUAUUUCAUUUCUUCCUGGUAAACGUGUUUCUGAUGGGGAUGAUCAAGACGUUCGCCAUUUUCUUUGUGGUCUUCCAAGAAAAAUUUGAAAGCUCCUCAGAACAAACUGCCUGGAUCGGAUCCAUCAUGUCAUCACUUCGUUUUUCUGCAGGUCCCCUGGUUGCCAUUAUUAGUGAAAUAACUGGAGAGAAGACUGCCUCCAUUCUCGGGGUUUUCCUUGUUUCUGGUGGAUAUCUGAUCAGCAGCUUGGCUACUAACAUCCCCUUUCUUUGUGUGACUAUGGGACUUCUACCUGGUUUGGGUUCUGCUCUCCUGUACCAUACAGCUGCCGUGCUAACUACCAAAUACUUCAAGAAACGAUUAGCUCUUUCCACAGCUAUCGCCCGUUCUGGGAUGGGCCUGACGUUUCUGAUAGCGCCUUUUACAAAAGUCCUGAUAGAUCUGUAUGACUGGACAGGUGCCCUUAUACUACUUGGAGGGAUGACAUUAAAUUUGGUGCCUUCAAGUAUGCUCUUAAGAUCCAUCCAUAUCAAAAGCGAGAACAAUUCUGAUAUUAAAAAUAAAGGCAGCAGCUUGUCUGCAAGUAAUCCAGGGGCAGUGGGCACGACAGAAAUGUCAUCCUGCGAUGAGACACAAGAGGCAACAAUCAUGGAGAGUGCAACGCAAAAGGCCAGACAACAUGGGACAAAUUUAAUAGUCUCACAGAACAAAGAAUUCAACAAUGAGCCUAAUGGGGACCGUUAUGAGAAAGAGGCUACUUCAUGCAGCUGUAAACAAAAACUCGGUGACAUCUCCCUUUUAAAAAAUCCUUUCUUCUACAUAUUUACCUGGUCUUUUCUCUUCAGUCAGCUGGCAUAUUUCAUCCCUACUUUCCACCUGGUGGCCAGAGCCAGAACACUGGGGAUUGACAUGAUGGAUGCCUCCUUCCUUAUUUCUGUAGCUGGUAUCACUGAGACAGUCAGUCAGAUAAUCUCUGGAUGGGUUGCUGAUCAAAACUGGAUCAAGAGGUAUCAUUACCACAAGUCUUACCUCAUCCUCUGCGGCAUCACUAACCUGCUCGCUCCUCUGGCCACCACAUUUCCAUUACUGAUGACCUAUAUCGUCUUCUUUGCCAUUUUCACUGGUGGUUACCUGGCAGUGCUACUUCCUGUACUGGUUGAUCUGUCUGGGAAUUCUAGAGUACACAGGUUCUUGGGAUUUGCCGGUUUCUUUGCUGGGAUGGCUGUCCUUUCUGGACCACCUAUAGCAGGCUGGUUAUAUGAUCACACCCAGACAUACACCGGUUCCUUCUACUUCUCUGGCAUAUGCUUUCUCCUCUCUUCAGUUUCCCUGUUCUUUGUACCGCUGGCCGAGAGAUGGAAAAACAGAGCCUGACCAGAAAGGAAAAGGACUGCAAUCAAGCAAGUGCUUAACAAAACACAAUCUAAACUAAGAAGUCACUGGAAACAAAAGCUUGGAAGAAGCCAGUUUCCUCAUUUGUAAAAUGAGAAGGCAAACAAGAUC